GCCAAGAAAAAGGGGGACGGUUUUGAAAAGUCUGCUGCGAUUAGAAAGCAAGCCGAGUGCAGGGAGGGGAGGAGGGAAGCCGAGAGGAACUCAAGGCAGCAAUGGAUUGCAGAGCGGCUCAGCCUGACCCUGGGAUGGCCUGGAUUCACACGCUGCUGCUGCCGCUGCUGCUGCUGCUGGCCACCGUCCAGCGCACGCUCUAAGGCUGCGAACGCCUGCGAGCUUCCAUGUGGCCGUCUAGCCAUGCUCCCUGGUUAUGGAUUCUCCCCUUUUCCUGAUUUCCACCCCCACCUCCACACGUUUCGCUGCCGAGGAGAGAGCCCCAGCAUGUGGAUCCCCAGCGCCGGAGAGUCCCACGGUCCGAGCGAGGCCACGGAGGGCGGGCCUCUCCUCCACGCCAUCCAUCACAAGCACGUGGCUGUGUGCCAGCAGGAAACGCUGGCAUUCAUUGAGCUACAACAACCAGCACCUUCGAAAUAUAAUGGUCUCGGCUCUCGGCGGAGCAGCGUUUCAGAUUCAAACUCUCCACCACUAAAUGCUUUAAGACAAACUUUGAAUGAACUGAAUGAGAUGCAAAAAGUCAGCCACAGGACAGAGCCUGACCAUAGCAUGAAUGUAAACUCUCCGUCACAUACUGUGGACGAUGCUGAGGUUGUUAGGCAGAACGGCACUAGGACUUCUUCGCAGGACCAAACCGAGAAGCCUCGGACCGUAACGACGGUGUGCCGUCCUCUCCAUGCAGCUCUCAGCCUCCCUCUGUCCUUCCCGCUGUCCUCUCUGUACACAAAAAGAGAUUCCUGGGAAUCUCAGCUACCUUACUCCUCAUCCUCACCAGAAUGUCAAGAAUUUCCCGGCCUAGACAGCUGCCAGCCUCAGAGGAGAACCUCACAGGGAUCUCUGAAAGAGAAAUCUAUCCGGCGAAAGGUGCAAGUUUAUUCUCCAGACUCCCCGAGCGAUGAAUCCCUCAGCAGCCCAAUCCUGGAGGCGGACUAUAUCUUCCCUGGACCUUUUGCCUCUUUUCUGGAGGAAGAUCUCAGGGGAUUGUCUUCCCUGGAAGCAGCUUCGACUCCUCCGUCCACAGAUGGCGCGCCGGAGUUCCCACACAUCAGCCAAGAAGAUAUUUUCUGCGUACAAUCAGAACCAUUGCAGAUAAUAGAGGACUCAGAACCAGGAGCAGAGGAGGAGAGUGGCGUUGUCGAGACAUCACUUCACCCCGGAGUGGGUUUUUUGCCACGCAGCCGUCAAACUGACCAAGAACGCCGGCGUUUCUCAGCUUCAGAGCUGAUAUCCAGGCUGCAGCUCUCCCAAAGGAAGAACUCGUUCACCUUGAAGCUGGGGAAGUCGCUGUCUGCUCGGGUGGCCUCCAGAGACAGGCAGAGCUCCAACAGCCUCAUCACCAACGCUGACUAUAAGUCUAACUCCAGACAUUGCAGCUCAAGAGGCUCCAGUGACAGCGGUACCUACAGUCCUGUUGGAACUGGACCUCUGCUGCCCAGUGGGGAUAAUGGCAUGCCUUCGCAUCGGUGGAGUUCCAAACUUGGAAUGCGAAAGAAAUCAAUAGAAGAAGAUAUGAACACAUCUUCACCGAUUCCCACCUCAAAUCGCCUGUCACGAUUUUUGCCAAGCUCAAUCCUCUACCAAGAGUACAGCGAUGUUGCCAUCAACCGAGAGAUCCAGAGGCAGCAAGGGAAGGAUCCGGGAGCAGAGGAGGAGGGACUCAGAGACGAGGGUUCGGACGGAACCCCAUCUCCAUCGAAUCUCUCUCCAUCCAGCUCAUUUCGCUCUUCCCGAGGCUCUGCGUUUGCACUGUGGCAGGAUAUACCAGAUGUACGGACCAGCGGUCAGUUAGACACCUUCACCAAUGAGGAGAGAAAACUACAGGAGGCAAAGUUUGAGCUGGUAACAUCUGAGGCGUCGUACAUUCGUAGCCUGACAAUCGCCGUGGACCACUUCAUGCUUUCUCAGGAACUUGCUGAGUGUCUUGGGGCUAAGGAGAAGCAGUGGCUCUUUUCCAAGCUCCCCGAAGUCAAAGAUGUCAGUGAGAGGUUCUUGCAGGACCUGGAGCGCAGGCUGGAAGAAGACAUUCUGCGUUUUGAUGUGUGUGACAUAGUCCUGGAUCACUGCCCGGCUCUGCGAAGGGUCUAUUUGCCUUAUGUAACCAACCAGGCGUAUCAGGAGCAGACAUACCAGCGGCUGCUGCAGGAAAACCCUCGUUUCCCUGGCAUCCUGGCACGCUUGGAGGAGGACCCCAUCUGCCAAAGGCUUCCUCUGACCUCUUUUCUAAUCCUCCCAUUUCAGAGGAUCACAAGGCUCAAAAUGCUGGUGGAGAAUAUCUUAAAGAGAACAACCCCAGGCUCCCGAGAUGAGGACACAGCCACAAAGGCUUUCAAUGAGCUAAAAAAGAUCAUCAGAGAGUGUAAUUCCAGCGUGCAGUCAAUGAAGAGGAUGGAGGAACUUAUUCACCUCAACAAGAAAAUCCACUUUGAGGGCAAAAUCUUUCCUCUCAUCUCUCAGUCCCGAUGGCUGGUAAAACAUGGUGAACUCCUGGAAGUGGACACCCAGAUGAUGAGCAUUUCAGGAUCAAAACUCAAGCUGCCCACCAAGCCUGUUUACCUCCACUUGUUUAACGACUGCCUGCUGCUGUCCAGGAGGAAGGAUACGUGGAAGUUCAUGGUCUUUGUGCACGCUAAGAUUGGAGAGCUCAAAGUGAAAGACCUCAGUCAGAAACUGCAAGGCAUCUCAGGCUUCAUCUUCCAUCUGCAGCUGUGCGAAGGCCAGCAGCUCAAGCAUCAGAUCCUGCUCAAAUCACACACUGAGAGUGGUAAGCAGAGGUGGAUCACAGCAAUGUUUCCAUCUGAUCCAUUUGAAGACAUCGAGCAGGCCAAUGAAAAUUAUGACAUAUCCCAGGUUCAGUGCAUCAAAAGCUAUCAGGCCCAAGAGCAUGACGAGUUAACGCUGGAAAAAGCUGACAUUCUUCACGCUAAAACCAUUACAAGUGAUGGCUGGGUGGAGGGCAUCCGGCUGUCAGAUGGAGAGCGGGGCUGGUUCCCCAAAACCUACGUAGAGGAAAUCACAAGUCGGAGCGCGCGAAUCCGCAACCUUCGAGAGAAUAUCCGCAUCAAAUGUGUCACACAGAAACUGAAUGGGGAGGACUGAGACCAUUUACUGUCAAGCUUCAGCAUUUAUGAACUUGUAGUUGAUGGGUUUUAUUUUAGAUGAACCCGUUGCCUUUGCAUGUGUAGCAGGGGCUAAAUAAGACUUGUUGUUUUUUCUUUAACAUGCUGGAAGAAUUUUAAUUUCCCAUCUUUAGAUUAGAGCUUUUACCCUAAAGGAGCAUGUAGGAAAGUUAACAUUUACAUUGUAAAGCUUCUGCAUGUUCAUAUAAUUUAAAUUCAUUCAUUUCAGGUCUACUUCACAAUUUGGGGAUAUGCUAAAGAAACACUGAAACAAUACAAUUUCUCAUGCAGAAUUUCAGUCCAGAUUGUCCCAUAAAGUCAAAUGAGCCUGGGAAGGCACACAGGAUCCAUGCAUGUUAUCAGAUAUUUGCUGCUGAAGUGCAUGAAGACACAGGCUUUAGACAUAAUCUUUUUCACUUCGCAAGGCCUGAAAACUCUACUGUGUUUUCUAUUUACUACCAAUCUUAAGCAGAAACUGACGAUAAAAUAUAUUUAUUUGAUCAAAUCAACACCAGCAGGUCUGUGCAAAAUGAGUAAGCCUUCAGGCUUUUGAUACCAAGGAGCCAGAUUUGAUUAAAAUCUUUGAAAGAUUAGUCAUUCUGCAGGUUAUGAAGUUCGGUCGAAUCCUACAAAGGGAAGGCUCUCCCCAUAUGUUCUGCGUGUGCAAUGUUUCCUUGUUGCAAAAGGAAACUCGACAAGUUGAAGUCUUAAAAGAAAUGGCAGAGCUAGAGAUGCACUGAGAAACCAACCGGUAACCGGAGCCCAACAAUUUUCACUAGACUAGCACUAGAUAGCGAAUUACCCGCUUGGAAACUAAAGAUGAUCAAUGAAUGCACCUCGCCCAGCGUUACAGGUUGGAAUGACAAUAUCGCUUUCAAGUGUGGAAGUUGUUACUGAGGGAAGAUGACUGAGUUAGCUAUUUUCUGUGUUUGAAAGGAGGAAGCACAGAGAUGUAAGGUGCUUCUAGGCUGCUAGUUCAGGCUGCUACAAAAGGGAGCCAUGGUGUGUUCUUUUGUAUUCAGAAGUAGCAUUUCAGAUUUCCCAGUUGUGAACACAAUGAAAACAUCCCCUUAAGUUGGUAUUCUGAAUGGGAAAGUCGGAGCUCGCCCAGCAGGCAGCAGCCCUGACUUCUGUGUCAAAUAUGGCCGCCUCAUAUCUCGAAUGUAUUGACCAGUCACAAGUAGAAAGAAUUUAUUACCACUUCCACUAGUUUAUCUCAUUAAACCAAUGGCACACAUAUUGCUAUCUUCAGUGUUUCAACACAUAAAGUUGCAAAAUUGUUAUUUGCUACUAAUGCGCAUAGUUACACAAUUUACUCUAUUUCUUAAUUAGUACAUUUGACGGACAACUUGAACACACUUAUCAUACAAAGACGAGUGAAACACAGUGUUGGUCAUCA